AUGGCGUCCGGGCUCGCAAACAAGCUCGAGGCGACCACUCUCGGCGACUCGUCAUCAUCAGCAGCAGAUUGGAAAGCGGGGCUUACCGCGCCGGCAAAAGAUGCUAGACAACAAACAGAAGAUGUCACGGCCACGAAGGGCCUAGAAUUUGAGGAAUUCUAUCUCAAGCGAGAGCUGUUGAUGGGUAUCUACGAGGCGGGGUUUGAGAAGCCAUCACCCAUCCAGGAAGAGACUAUUCCGGUUGCGCUUUCCGGGCGAGACGUACUUGCACGAGCAAAGAACGGCACUGGAAAGACAGCAGCUUUCGUCAUACCCACACUUGAGCGUAUCAAUCCGAAAUCCGACAAAAUACAGGCGCUUCUUUUGGUGCCGACCCGAGAAUUGGCAUUGCAGACUUCGCAAGUUUGCAAGACUCUUGGAAAGCAUCUUGGAGUCAACGUAAUGGUCACAACUGGAGGCAGUAGUCUCCGCGACGACAUCAUUCGUCUCAACGACCCAGUGCACAUUGUUGUGGGAACACCUGGACGUAUUCUAGAUUUGGCCGGCAAGGGAGUGGCCGAUCUAUCCGAGGCAAAGACGUUUGUCAUGGACGAAGCAGACAAGCUCUUGUCUCCGGAAUUCACGGUCACGAUCGAGGAGCUGCUGAAGUUCCACCCAAAGGACAGACAGGUAAUGCUGUUCUCGGCCACCUUCCCAGUAGUGGUCAAAGACUUCAAGGAUAAGCAUAUGAACGACCCGCAUGAGAUCAAUCUCAUGGAUGAGCUCACUCUUCGCGGUAUCACGCAAUACUAUGCCUUCGUCGAAGAGAAACAAAAGGUUCACUGCCUUAACACUCUCUUCAGCCGUCUACAAAUCAACCAAUCCAUCAUUUUCUGCAACAGCACAACGCGAGUGGAGCUUUUGGCGAAGAAGAUCACCGAGCUGGGCUACUCGUGCUUCUACUCUCAUGCCAAGAUGUUGCAACAGCAUCGCAAUCGAGUGUUCCAUGACUUCCGCAACGGUGCAAUGCGCAACCUGGUCUGCUCAGACCUGCUCACUCGUGGUAUCGAUAUCCAGGCAGUCAACGUCGUCAUCAACUUUGACUUUCCUAAGAAUGCCGAGACCUACCUCCACCGCAUCGGCCGUUCUGGUCGUUUUGGUCACCUUGGUCUGGCCAUCAAUUUGAUCAAUUGGGAGGACAGGUUCAACCUCUAUCGCAUCGAACAGGAGCUUGGCACCGAGAUCCAGCCAAUUCCACCUUCGAUCGACAAGAGCCUCUAUGUAUGCGACAACCCCGAGAGCAUUCCUCGACCCAUCAACACAGCCCCUCAGAGACAAACUCAGCAGCCACAACAGCAGGGUGGCAGGCAGCAAGGUAAUGGACAGGACUUGCAGAAUCCUGCCAACCGCACCGGAGGUUACCGUGGAGGCAGAGGCGGUGGUCACGGCCGAGGCCGUGGAGGACCACGCAACGAGCAGCACGGCCAGAACGGUUACCAGGGACAGAGACACCAAGGUGGGUAUCAACAGCGGCCCAACCAGAUGGCGCCAGCUGGCCCGCCAGCAGCUCAGGUCUAG